AUGAGUAAAAAAUUAUCAACUUGUACUCAUAAAUUUCUUAAAUCAGAUGCCAUCUACUUGUCACCCAAAGCCAUUGAAGAAAUCAGAAAUGCUCAGAAUAAUAUUCCAGAUACUCAACAUAUUAUGUAUAAAAAACAUCAUAUAGAAGCAAUAACAUAUCAAAAAAUUAUUGAUAAUCAGAGGCCUUCUGAACCAACUAAGAAGUGUGCUGAGCAUAAUACCUCCUCUACUAGUAUACAAAAAGAUGGGGUCAUUUAUACAGAGCACCCUAGAGAUGAUGAAGAUAGUGCAAAUUUCUAUAUAAGGCUAAAUACAGUAACUAGUAAACAAAAAGAUAAGGUUAGUCAAAAAAAAAAGGCUAGUACAAAGGCAAAAGACAAAUCUUCUCUAGUAGAAAAAAAUAGAAUAAUCAAUUCUUCAAAAGAUGAUACAUCAAGAUAG